AUGAUGCAGCAGUUCCUACUUCAAAUGUUGGCAGCGGUGUAUGUUUUCCAUAUUGUUACAGGGCAAGACACGAUUGCACCUCAAUUUCCAACAUGUGGAUGUUGUCCAUCGCCAUAUUGCCAAACAAAAUUACAGCCCUGUUCAAUAAAUAUCGACUGCGAAUGUUUGUUGAUGGCAAUAACAGGUGGAGGAAUGUGUGCGGAUACAGUUGUAUCAUGUCAAGAUUUAGCUCCGUGUGGAAAUGGCAAUAUGACAUGUUUGGUACCGAAUACUAUAUGUGUUAAUAAUACUCGAUGUGGUAUUCCAGUGUGUUAUCCAAUUGAUCUUGCAUCUUCUCAAAGAUGCCCAUCAUUGACUUCGAGCAAUUCAAACACGACUACAAACUCAAAGUAUCGUGGUAUUCGUGAAAAUAAUAUUAAUAUAUACUCCUCUGAACACUCACAACGAUCACUAUUCGGUCGCUCUAUUGUAAUACAGCCACAACGUCAUCAACACAAACAGCGUCAAUCACCACAACAACGACAACGACGACGACGACAACAACUUCACCUAUUACUACAACGACAACAACAACAAUUCCAACUACGACCACCACCACCACCACAACAACAACAACAACAAGGCCAANGAGGACGACGACGACGACAACAGCAAGACCAACUACAACGACCACAACGACAAGAUCAACUACGACCACCACAACAACGCGAAUAA